CCCAAUGUCACGGCGGCGCGCGGAGCCGGGCUGCGGAGGCUGCGGGUGGCGCGCAGGGGCGCCGGGAGAGGGGCGAGGCCGCCGCCGCUACGCGCCCGGGCCCGCGGCGAAGGCGCUGCCGCGAAGACGCCUGGCGCUGCAGUCCCAGGUGCCCAUGGGUUGGACAAUGAGGCUGGUCACAGCAGCACUGUUACUGGGUCUCAUGAUGGUGGUCACUGGAGACGAGGACGAGAACAGCCCGUGUGCCCAUGAGGCCCUCUUGGAUGAGGACACCCUCUUUUGCCAGGGCCUUGAAGUUUUCUACCCAGAGUUGGGGAACAUUGGCUGCAAGGUUGUUCCUGAUUGUCACAACUACAGACAGAAGAUCACCUCCUGGAUGGAGCCAAUAGUCAAGUUCCCGGGGGCCGUGGACGGCGCAACCUAUAUCCUGGUGAUGGUGGAUCCAGAUGCCCCUAGCAGAGCAGAACCCAGACAGAGAUUCUGGAGACAUUGGCUGGUAACAGAUAUCAAGGGCGCCGACCUGAAGAAAGGGAAGAUUCAGGGCCAGGAGUUAUCAGCCUACCAGGCUCCCUCCCCACCGGCACACAGUGGCUUCCAUCGCUACCAGUUCUUUGUCUAUCUUCAGGAAGGAAAAGUCAUCUCUCUCCUUCCCAAGGAAAACAAAACUCGAGGCUCUUGGAAAAUGGAUAGAUUUCUGAACCGCUUCCACCUGGGCGAACCUGAAGCAAGCACCCAGUUCAUGACCCAGAACUACCAGGACUCACCAACCCUCCAGGCUCCCAGAGGAAGGGCCAGCGAGCCCAAGCACAAAACCAGGCGGAGAUAGCUGCCUGCUAGAUAGCUGGCUUUGCCAUCCGGGCAUGUGGCCACACUGCCCACCACCAACGAUGUGGGUAUGGAACCCCCUCUGGAUACAGAACCCCUUCUUUUCCAAAUUAAAAAAAAAAAAAUCAUCCAGGG